GGGGGCGUGAGGCAGGUGCUGUACGGAGACCUCCUCAGCCGGUAUCCCGAGACGCGGCUGGCGGAGCUCAUUAACUGCCUGGCGGGGGGCUACGACACUAUCUUCUCCCUCUGCGAUGACUACGACCCUGGCAAGCGCGAGUUCUACUUCGACAGGGACCCGGACGCCUUCAAGUGUGUCAUCGAGGUGUACUACUUCGGGGAGGUGCACAUGAAGAAGGGCAUCUGCCCCAUCUGCUUCAAGAACGAGAUGGACUUCUGGAAGGUGGACCUCAAGUUCCUGGACGACUGCUGCAAAAGCCACCUGAGCGAGAAGCGGGAGGAGCUGGAGGAGAUCGCGCGCCGCGUGCAGCUCAUCCUGGACGACCUGGGCGUGGACGCCGCUGCGGGCCGCUGGCGCCGCUGCCAGAAGUGCGUGUGGAAGUUCCUGGAGAAGCCCGAGUCGUCGUGCCCGGCGCGCGUGGUGGCCGUGCUGUCCUUCCUGCUCAUCUUGGUGUCGUCGGUGGUCAUGUGCGUGGGGACCAUCCCCGAGCUGCAGGUGGUGGACUCGGAGGGCAACCGCGUGGAGCACCCGACACUGGAGAACGUGGAGACGGCGUGCAUCGGCUGGUUCACGCUGGAGUACCUGCUGCGCCUCUUCUCCUCGCCCAACAAGCUCCACUUUGCGCUGUCCUUCAUGAACAUCGUGGACGUGCUGGCCAUCCUGCCCUUCUACGUGAGCCUCACGCUCACGCACCUGGGCGCGCGCAUGAUGGAGCUCACCAACGUGCAGCAGGCCGUGCAGGCCCUGCGCAUCAUGCGAAUUGCGCGCAUCUUCAAGCUGGCGCGCCACUCCUCGGGCCUGCAGACCCUCACCUAUGCGCUCAAACGCAGCUUCAAGGAGCUGGGGCUGCUGCUCAUGUACCUGGCUGUGGGCAUCUUCGUGUUCUCGGCGCUGGGCUACACCAUGGAGCAGAGCCACCCCGAGACCCUGUUUAAGAGCAUCCCUCAGUCCUUCUGGUGGGCCAUCAUUACCAUGACGACGGUCGGCUACGGCGACAUCUACCCCAAGACCACCCUGGGCAAGCUCAACGCGGCCAUCAGCUUCCUGUGCGGGGUCAUCGCCAUCGCCCUGCCCAUCCACCCCAUCAUCAACAACUUCGUCCGCUACUACAACAAGCAGCGGGUGCUGGAGACCGCCGCCAAGCACGAGCUGGAGCUCAUGGAGCUCAACUCGGGCAGCGCCGGCGCCGCCAAGCCCGGCUCUCGCAGUGACCUGGACACCCUGCCUGCCUCGGAACCCGCGGGAAAGGAGGCGCCCAGCUGGGGCAGCCGACUGAAGCUCUCCCACAGCGACACCUUCGUCCCCCUGCUGACGGAGGAGAAGCACCACCGGACCAGGAUCCAGAGCUGCAAGUGACGGAGGGCGGGCGCCGCGGCAGGGCCUCGCAGUGUGGACCCUGAGGCGGAGGAGAAGGGCUGCCAGGUGUCCCCAAGCCUCCCCCAAACAGACCCUCGGGCUCCUCUGCCGGGCAAGGCUGGGUAAGGGGCAAGGCUGGGUGGGAGGGGCGCUGGGCCACAGGGCAGCCUAGGGGGUGUGCAGGGGCCUGGUUGGUGGCAGGAGCCCACGCCGGCUCGGUUCUUCUUCAAUAAAAGCUCCUGCUCUGUGCGCCCUCUGUACUGUGGCUUCCGUGUCACCCUGAGAGUGGUUCGGCCACUCCCCAGGGCCAGGCCAGGAGGAGGGAGGAGCUAAUUAAAGACGCGCUCCGGGCAGGGUGUGGAGUCAGGUGCCUGGCCACGUUCCUGGGGGCUCUGCGGGUGACAUCUUCCUUCCGCCUCCUUCUGGGGUGAAGCUGGCUCCUGGCACCCAGGGUUGGGGGCAGGGGAGAAGUCACAAAGCCCAUAGAACAGUGCAGUCACCAUUUAAUUGUCACCUGUGUGGGGUCUUUUGCACAACUUCUUUCUGUCCUUUCCUGCAACCCUGCUAGACAAGUGUCCUAUUUUACAGGUGGAGAACCUGAGACCUAAGUUUCUUCUGGGGGAUGCCAGGUGGUCUUGGGCCACAGGCUCUGCUUGGGCUCACGCAGGGGCUGGCGGAUAGGGGCUGAGCGUCCCUGCACCCCAGCCCAUCCUUCCACCCCAAUCUCUCUGAGACACCUGCUUCAUGGACAGCCCUAAGUCCAUUCCCUGGGUCCCCUGCCAGCCUUGUCUGAGCUCAGGGAACAAUCAGACAGCCCUGGUUUGAGCUCAGGGAGCAAGGACAAGAUCAGAGGUGCAGGAGCUUAAGGGCUUUUUGCUAGUGUAUCUUCCACCAUUCUCCUGCUAGCUGUGUGACCUAAGGCUUGUUGAUUAACCUCUCUGAUCCUCAUUCUGAUGAUUUAUUAAACAUGGAUAUAAAAGUGUCCUUGGAGAACCCUCGUUUUUAGCACAGCAUCUGCCACUUAGUAAGUGCUCAAUAAAUGGCAGCUGGCUCUGUUUCUCUGCUCUUGGAAGGAGAUAGCAGCACUGGCCCUCGGCCCGGCCACCAUGGAUCUGGGCUGGGUGAGCAGGGAGUGGGGACAGGACAUUGUCACACCGUCCCCUGCUUUCCACCAUCCACCAGCCCCAGAAUUCUGCUCUUCCUUACCCUGCUGAGAUGCCAGUGCUGGGGACAGGAAGGGGCCCGAGGUGUAGACAGGGGAGGGGGCUCGUCCCGUCAGCCACCAUCUGGGGACACAGCCCCUCACUGCUCAGUCUUCCUGUGGUUCCCUGGGCCCUUCCAGGUCUGCCAGUGAGGACUUCAAAGCCUUGGGUGUGAAUGCUUUUGUUGGGGUGGGGUGGAGGGUGGGGAGAGUGGCGGCUGUCGCCUGGGGGGGGGCCUGCAGGGACCUGGGGAAAGAGCUGAGGUCAUCUCCGCGUGCUCAGGGUGAGCUGCAAGGGAGGACAGGUUGUCCCUGGCUUUGGGUGGACAGGCAACAUGGCAGGCGUGGGGUGGCCACUCUGUGUCCUCAGCUGUCCCUGGAGGACUCUGAGGGUCCUGUCACCUCUGCCCCAGUGGGCUAAGACUCAGCUGUGUGUCUCUCUCUGCAGGACAGGGCUGGGUCCUGAGGCCAUCAGAGGGGAGGUGGGGGCUGGGCAAGUGGGGACACAGUGGGAGGGUGGGUGAGGGGCUGUGGGGCUGCAGGGGUGCUGCCAUCGAAUGGGGGAGUGCUUCUCUUUGACCCCGUGCUCCCCAGAACCCCUAAGAGCUGCCCUGGCUGGCCUGAGGCCUUGCAGAGAGAGCCUAGGACAGGCAGGGCUGGGAGGCCAGCGUCGGGGGGGGGGAGCUCAAUUCUGGCCCACAGCCACCUUGCAGUUUGGAAACUGAGUCUGGGGAGGGGAGCUACUGAUCCUCCUGGGUUAGAAUUAGAGGGAAUCCUGUCCCAGAGCUCAGCGUGGGACAAAUGAGCCUUGGAUAGCGACGUAGAGGUGAGACCUGGGGGCUCAGGGCAGGGAGGGGGGCCCUCGGUCCCUGUGGGGUCUUCCCAAAGUCCAAGCCCUGGAACUUGAAAAGUCCCCGGGGCAGCUUUAAGAACUCCUGCUGAUUGGUUGCACCCCACUCCUACUAAAUUAGAACCUCUGGGAGUGACGCCUUCAUUUUUUUUUUGUUUUUGUUUUACUUUUAAGAGCACAUGAGUCACUGGAGAUCUUGUGAAAAUGUAGAUUUUGAAUCUGUGAAGCUGGCAGGUGCCUGUUGUUUCUGCAUUUCCAGCAAGUGCUCCUGUGGGUCCAGGGCCCUGAGGAGGAGCGGACAAACUCUGGCUCCAGGAGCCACCUCCGGCUGCCCCUGCCCUGACCUGCUUCUGUCUCUCCCAUGAGUGAAGAAUGGUUUUUAUAUUUUGAAAUGGUUGGAAAAAUCUCCAAGAAAGAGUAACAUUUUUGUGACCGGCAAAAAGUAUGUGAAAUGCACA